AUGCUGAACUGGUUCGACCGGCUGUUGUGCUGGGUUCUAUCCGGUGGGAGCAUCCCUCUGCACGUCGCUUUCGUGAUGGACGGCAACAGACGCUUCGCCAGGAAAAAGAUGCAGAGCGCCUGGAAGGGCCAUGCAGAGGGCGCUGAAGCUCUCAAGAAAAUAGCUACUGCCUGUGCUGCGGUUGGUAUUCGCGUGGUGUCUGUGUAUGGCUUCGCUCUCGGCAACUUCCAUCGCACCCCGGAGGAAGUGGAGGGGCUUUUGGGGCUUGCGGAGGCUAUUUUUAAGGAUCCUGACUGGAUACAGGGCUUUUUGAUGUCUGAGAGGAUUCGCUUAGUUGUUGUGGGUGACCUCUCAUUUGUGGGAGAUCGGCUGCGGGAGGCAGCAGCAGCUGCAGAACGUGAAACAGCAGGCAACGACAGACUCCUGUUGCGUCUCUGCGUAUCGUACGGUGCAAGGCAUGAGGUUCAUAGGAUAACUUCUCCGCUACAUUUGGAGAAUGAGGGUAGUGGGAGCGCAGCGCCUCAGUGGGCUGCACUUUCGAAGGCAGAGCAGCACUCCUCUAGACGAGGUGCUGCUGCUGCUGUGUGUGCUGCUGCUGCUGUGGGGUUGCUACACAGCCAACUGGGUACCGCCUUCUUCAUGGCGCUGCAAGGGGGAAAUUGCCCCCUUCCAGAUAUGCUCAUUCGAACCUCUGGCGAGGCGAGGCUUUCGGAUUUUCUCUUGUGCGAGGUGUCUGAGGGCUGCUUUUUCCACUUCGUUCCCGUGUUGUGGCCAGACGGCAGCCGCAGUAAGCAGGCUGAUUGCGCCGUCGUAGUCUGCGCUCGCUGCUCUGCUGCCUCUUGGCAUCAUAUACCCGCUUUCCCUGCGGGUGUUCCUCCGUGCAAAAUUUACGCGUCAGUGGGUCGUUAG